UCCUGUGAUGAUGAUAUGAGCAGCCGAGCCUCCAGCAGCAGAAACGCCCUGCAUCCUCUCUGCUCUUCCCCAGCAUCCAUCCGUCUCCUCCAGCCACGGAGGGGCCGCUCUGAACGGGGAGAGAAGCGAAGCAGACCCGCUGAAACCGAUGGCCCUUUAAACCCUCCGGAGAACAAAAAACACAGAAGAGAAAUGGAUCCCCUGCCUUCCUCCUUCCUCCUCAUCGCUUCCCUGAGCUGCUUCGCUGCUGCUGCUGACAGGAGAUUCGGUUGCCUGUUUGAGAACGAGCUGUGUUUGUCAUACGAGAUCUGUGUGAACGAUGGGAUGUUUGGGAGGUGUCACUCUGUUCCAGUGAGGGAAGUUUACACCUACGACGUCUCCCCAUCUGUAGUGCAACGUUUCCGCAUUCUGCUGGAGAAGCUGUCCAACAGAGGGUUAACUUGGGAAGAUGACACUACCCAGCAGGUUCUGUCCAAGGAGUUAUCCAAACUCAGGAGGAUUCCCUACGGGUCGCAGCUGAAAGGACCAAUCUACAGAAGCAACAGCAGGCCAGCAGCUACAGCGAUGGACCCAGUAGACCAAAAGGUGAAGCCAGUGGAGGUGGAACUCAAGAGAAAUCUGCAGACAUACCUCCAACGUCUGGGUCUGCUUCCCAAAACGUCACCCACCUCCAGCCCGCGCAAACCUGGCAAGCCGCUGCAGAAGCAGGGACCUCUCUCCAACCAGCUGCUCCCCUCGCAGGCUGAUGGGGAUCUUCUCCUAGCAGCCCUGAAGCAGUAUGUCUUGGGGCGUCUCUCUCUGCACAGUGGUGGGAUUAAGCAGGAAGCCCCCUCUCCAUGGCUCAGGCCCUUCUACGACAAUGGCAUAGAAAAUCCCGGGCUCAAAAAGGAGACCUCACAAUCCAAGCUUGUGAAGACAGGAAGUUCUCCUGUAGCUUCAGCCAAGGAGCCACUCACAUCUGUGGAUGAGAGGUUUAUCGAGAAGGUCCUGAAGAACGUUGGCAGACAGCAUGUCGAUGUGGACAACCUGACACCGCAGGACCUAAACCAGCUCUCCAGCCUGAUAGCUGACGCUCUUCAGGUGGUUGACCAGGACCAGGGACUGAACAGGGUUCUGAACCGGGAUCGAGGACCCGGACUAAGAGACUUGGAGGGUGAACAGAGCGACUCCAGUCUGGAGGCUUCCAGAGCUGAGAAGGAUAAAACGAUGCUGCAGAACGUGCCCACUCUGAACCCUAACCCUCAGGAGAACACUCCUUUGGCACUAGCAGAGCUUCAAGAGUCCCACACAGAUGCACUGCAGGCUAAUGUGAAUGAGCUGGCUGAGAGUGGCAGCCUCUUUAACAAGCUGCUGGCCUACCUGGACAAAACCUCUCUGGCCGAUCCUUCUUCAGUGAGAAGCCGCUACGACAUCUCUGCGGAGGCGCCCGGGGGCCGGCAGGUGGGCCUGGAAAACGUCCAGAGCCGCACCAGUGAGGCAGGAGUGGCGGUGCAGAAGAAGGACACCACCCAGUCUGUGGAGGAGGUGGCGGAGGUGGCGGGCUGGAUCAAGGAGGUGGUGCCUCCUCCAGCUUCACUCGUGUAUGAGGAGCCGCACAAGAAGACGAUGCACGCUCCAGAGCUGCAGCUGGACGUCAAAGCAGACAGGAAGAGGCCAAACGACGACAUUUUUGGUUACGUCAUCACAGACACAGAUCGGCUGCAGACAGACGAAGGCCUUCAUCUGAUGGAGAUCUUGGCUCAUCGGGCAAACAUCCAGAUGACUGAUUUCGCAGAGCUCUUGGUGGUGGGACCGGCUGUGACCUUCAAAGUGAGCCGCAACUCCCAGAACGUCAGCACUGCAGAUGUGGCCAAUGUGGCAGUUAAACAAAAAGCUGAUGUAGAGAAGGAGGCCAAGGUCACCAUCCUGGAGGCAGGAAUCGCAGAUGGAACCCAGAUCAAGCAGAUCCCCACCAAGUACAGCCAGGGAGAGUCCACCAAGUUCCUCAUCCUCACCAUUGUGUCUAUCCUGUGUAUCGUCGGUGUGCUGCUGGCCUCCACAGUGGCCUACUGCCUCCGUCACCGCUCCCACCACAAGCUUAAGGAGAAGCUCACCAAUCUGGGGACGGAUAGUGGCGGCGAUACUACUGCCACCUAUCAGGAACUCUGCCGGCAACGCAUGUCGGUCAAACCUCCCGUUGAACGCCCAGAGCCGAUCUCCUCCAGGAUCAACAGUGUCUCGUCUCAGUUCAGCGACGGCGGUCCGGCCAUCAGCCCCUCCGGACGUGGCAGUAUCUCCUCAUGGAGCGAAGAGCCCACCCACUCCAACAUGGACAUUUCGACUGGUCACAUGAUACUGUCUUAUAUGGAAGAUCACCUGAAGAAUAAGGACCGCCUGUUGAAGGAAUGGGAAGCGUUGUGUGCAUAUCAGGCUGAACCCAAUGCAACUACCACUGGCCUGAAGAAUGGCAACACAAAGAAGAACCGCUCCACUGCUGUGGUGGCAUAUGAUCACUCCAGAAUCACCUUGAAGGUGGAGAACAGCCAAGGCAGCUCUGACUACAUCAAUGCCAGCCCGAUUAUGGAUCAUGAUCCCAGGAACCCAGCUUACAUUGCCACUCAAGGUCCCCUGCCCUCCACUGUGGCUGAUUUCUGGCAGAUGGUGUGGGAGAACGGCUGCGUGGUCAUCGUUAUGCUGACUCCUCUGGUCGAGAACGGCGUGAAGCAGUGUUACCAUUACUGGCCUGAUGAAGGAUCCAACUUGUACCACAUCUACGAGGUAAACCUGGUGUCUGAACACAUCUGGUGCGACGACUUCCUGGUUCGGAGCUUCUACCUGAAGAACAUGCAGACCAAUGAGACACGCACCGUCACUCAGUUCCACUUCCUGACCUGGCUCAACCAGAAUGUCCCAGAGACCAGCCGGACCCUCCUUGACUUCCGCAGGAAAGUUAAUAAGUGCUACCGGGGUCGCUCAUGUCCCAUCAUAGUCCACUGCAGUGAUGGUGCAGGAAGAAGUGGAACCUACAUCCUGAUCGACAUGGUCCUCAACAGAAUGGCUAAAGGUGCCAAGGAGAUUGAUAUUGCAGCCACUCUGGAGCACCUGCGGGACCAGAGGCCAGGAAUGGUCCAGACCAAGGAUCAGUUCGAAUUUGCAUUGACAACUGUUGCUGAAGAGGUGAACGUGAUUCUGAAGGCCCUUCCUCAUUAAGACGACAACUCUCCUCUUCCAUCCCAACUGGAUAAUUGUCCCAGAGCUCUUUCAGUUUUCCAACAGUUAUACAACUCUGUUAAUUUUCUUGUCUUAAUCUCUUGAAAUCUAUAGUUUACUUUAUUUCUCAAUAUCCCCGUCCUUGUUGUCUUUUUCCCCAUUCCCUUAUCAUCCAAUUUUUUGUUUUGUCAUGUUUACCCAUAUUUGUGUGCAAACAGUCUUUGUUUUGUCUCCUAGUUUAUUUUUUUGUAAUUUCCUCCAUUUAAAUAUUUUCCUCUGUUCAUCUUAGUUGACAUUGUGGCAGGAAACCACCAUCAGUUUGAACAUGGAUGGACACUCCCCAUUAUCCUACAACUUAUUUUCUUGCUGCAAUUUAGCACAUUUUGAUUGGCUGACAUCUUUGUUGUUAGAAUAUCUAUAUUAGUUUUGUGUUUGAUCAUCAGGGACCUAAUGGGCAUCAGUUGGGUGCAACAAGGUUUAGCAACAUAAUCCCAAAAAAGGUUUUGAGUUUGCUCAUGAAAUAAAGAUGCUUGGGCUUUGGACUAUAUAUUAAUAUAGUGCCUUACCCAGUGCUGUACAAAAACAGAAAUGAUUUGUUCGCUAAGGUCAGGUGGAUGUUAAUGAUCACUUUCAAAAUUUGCUUUUUUUAUUUGCCAAACCUGAACGUUAAACUGAAUUGCUGUCCUGAUUGGUCUUUGGGUGUCUGCAAAAAUAAAUGUCACUUUUUGUAUGAGCUUCAUUGCCAUGCUACAAUAUGUUUUCAUGCAGUAUCCUAGAGUGCCACAGUAAUUCAGUGUUGCUCAGUGUGGUACUUUGGGUACACAAAGCAGCUGAUUUAACUUUUAAUUACUGCUUGUUUUAUUUCACUGGAAUUAUAUUUUGGAAAUGUAUGGAAAUAUGUAUGGAAAUAUGAUUUUUUUUAUUGUUGUACUUUUAGUGUAAGCAAUAUUGUGUUUCUUAAACCUGAAAUGAUUUUUUGUGGACAACCUAUAUUGCGGGUCAUCAGUGAAAUUACACUUAAGUCUAGUGUUAACUAAAAAUGUUGUAGAAGACUGCAAAAAGCUACAGUUAAAUUGCCCUUAUUCCAGCUGAUUAAGGGUUAACAGUGCUUGACAUUGUUGAAAAUAAACUGAAUUGUGGAUUUUCAUUCUUGUGACUAAUAAAUAUAAAGGUACCACAGCUGAAGCAUGGAAUACUGGAUUAAUGGCAGUAUAAUGGGUUUCAAACAAGUAAAUGUAUCAUAAAAUGGUUUAGUUUAGCAUUUAAACAGAUUCUAUAUGUAGCAUAAAUGGAUGAAUUGUGUGUAUGUAUGUGUAUAUAUAUAUAUAUAUAUAUAUAUAUAUAUAUAUAUACACACCCACACACAGUAGCAAAAUCUGUUUUCCCUCAAAUGCAUCCUAAAAUUGUUUGCUGUAAAUUAAAAGCACAAGAAACCA